AACAAUCCCAGCAUCACUGCGAUCAACAACAAUAACCUAAAACUAGUGAAAAGCACGAAGAACAACAGUCUGGUCGCAAAAAGCACUAUGGGCAACUAUCGAGUGACCAAUUCCAUAAACUCUUCAUCACUGAAGGAGAACGCUAAGAUAUUGGCUCGUUUGGACGAGACCAGAGUUCUCAAGAACACCAAAACCAGCAAUUUAGCCAGGUCGACGAAGACCCAGCCGUUGCCUCUGACCCCAGCCAAGAAGAGAUCUUCCCUGGCUCGUCCAGUUCGAGUUCACGACUCCUUCGCUCAACCUAGAAAGCUGUUGCCUAUGAACUAUGCCUUCCAGACCUUACAGAAGGCCAGCGAGUCCACGUACGAAGAGGACGACUACAAGGAGACCGGCUGGCCUAUCCGGCUGAGACUCGAACAGAUGCUCGAGCUGACUUUGCCGCAGACCAAGAAGAGGCCGAAGAAGAAGACGCCGAUGAUGCUGAUGAAGCAGCAGCAGACCAGUAGACAUGCGUGCAAAGACACGGAGAGGCUGCUGCGCGUACUCAGCGUGAACAAUGUGGACCAAGAUACUAGCGGAACGACAAACUGGAUCGCAGGAACCAAAUGGAACAAAGAUGUCUACGACACCGCGUUCACUGUACCAACCGUUUCUGCACGAAUGUUUUUGGUGAAGCGCUGUGGGUUCGAACGAAGCACGAAUAUGAUUUCUGUUCGACAAUAACGUCGAGCUAAUAUGGAGGAUGCAAAACUACGAAUGUACAAGAGAUUUCAGGAACGUUUCGUUUCUACGUAUGAGAGUGGCUACGAAUUAGCUGUGUCUCGUGUGCCAUAACUCCUAACAUUUGAUAUAUUUAUCGAGUCUAGUCCAUUUACAAUGAAACCUUUCGUACACACCCGAGCAAAUGUGUUUAUCCGAAUUCAUAGACUGCACGAAAUAUAUAUAUAUAUAUAUUAUAUCUAUA